AUGGAUGCGGAAAAGUCAAGCAGCAGUUCCUUCGAAGACCUUUCGAACCUGAACGAACAGGAGCGGGCUGAGUUGGCUUCAUCGGUGCUCGAGCCUGCACACAUGAAAACUCCCGAAAUAGGCCGCUCCACAGCAGACCAAAAGAAUGAAAGCGAACCGAAUGCAUCGGAGGAAAAUGAGGCAGACUCAGAAUGCAUGGACAUUCUGGGCAACGGAACACUCUUGAAGAAGGUGCUGAAGAAAGGACACUCGGAGCUGAGGCCCGAAAGUAAAGACCUUGUGACCAUCACAUAUACGGGAAGGCUCGAGGAUGGAACGGUGGUUGAGGAGCACAGUAAUGUUGUGGUGCAAAUCGAUGAUGUAGAGGUGGUACAAGGUUUAGAUAUGGCGUUGAAGCUAAUGAAUGAGGGCGAAGUUGCGGAAGUGAUCGUAAAUCCUCGAUUCGCGUACGGUGAGCUUGGAUUGAAAGAUCCCACAGAACUGGAUCCGGUAAUACGGUCUGUUCCGCCAAAUGCGACCAUUACGUACACGGUUACGCUGGUGUCGAUGCGAGAGGAAAGCGACAUCGAAGCGCGAACGUACACAUCCCGGAAGGAAAUUGGUAACAAGAAACGAUUGCGCGGCAACUACUGGAUGAAGCGCCAAGAGUACAACCUGGCGAUUCAGAGCUAUCGACGAGCGUUGGAAUAUCUCGAUGAUACGGUCAGUGCCGGAGGCAUGAUGGAAUCUGGUGCCGGCUCGGUUGAGUUAUCCAACACAGAGCUGCAGGAUUUGCUGGAAGAUCGUAUGAAAGUGUACAAUAACCUCGCGUUGGCUCAACUUAAAAUAUCAGCCUACGAAGCUGCACUCAAGUCGGUCGAUCAUGUGCUAAAGUGCCAGCCAAACAACGCAAAGGCUCUAUUUCGUAAGGGCAAGAUAUUAGAUGCUAAAGGGGAUACUGCAGGUGCUAUAACGCUUCUUCAAAAAGCAGCUACGAUUGACGUUGACGAUAAGCUUAUACAGUCGGAAUUAUCCAAAUUGAUCUUAAAAUCAAAGCGCGAGGCUCGUAACGAACGGGACCUGUAUCAGAAGAUGCUUGGCCAGGCACAGAAACUGGAACAAAAGACGAAAAUUGCACCAGCAGCGCAAAACAAUGAAUCGUCCAAGAUGAUGAUGUGGGGUUACCUCGUGGGCACAAUCCUGAUCGGUGUGGUCGGUGUCGCGAUCUUCCGGUACAAUAAUCCAUAA